AUGUCUCCACCAGUGACGAGUCGAAAUCAUAUAAAAGAAUCAGAUCGAUCCACGCUGAAUAAUCUUGCAGUGCAGGAUCUUCGCGCAAGAAUAUUACAGAACAAAUGCUGCCGAAAAUGCAGUCCCGAGGAUCUGACACGACUCAGAACACAGGACUGGUGGCUCAUCUCUUUUCUACGAGCCUACAACUAUGACCUGGACGUAACUUAUGCGGUUUUAGCGGAAUGCAUUCAAUGGCGCAACAACUUCCAAGUCGAACGCAUCAGCAUUCUCGGAAUGAAGCCUCUUCUCGACCGCCACCUUGCAUAUCUUCAUGGGCGAGAUCUUACAGACUGCGCUAUACGUAAGAUUUUCAAAGCACCACAAUGUGUCAUUACCGGGGGAAAAUCAUGGGUUUUUCAUGGUUCUUCAUUGCUUUCCUGA